AUGGAUUUAACAAUUUCAAACGAACUUACUGGCGAGAUAUACGGCCCAAUUGAAGUCAGUGAAGAUAUGGCUUUAACUGAUCUAAUAGCAUUACUGCAGGCCGAUUGCGGGUUUGACAAAACAAAACACGACUUAUAUUACAAUAUGGACAUUCUAGACUCAAACAGAACUCAGUCUUUAAAAGAACUAGGGCUCAAAACCGAUGACUUAUUAUUGAUUAGGGGUAAGAUUUCCAAUUCCAUUCAAACAGAUGCUGCUACUUUGUCCGACGAAGCGUUCAUAGAGCAAUUUAGACAAGAGCUACUUAAUAAUCAAAUGCUUAGAUCACAACUCAUUUUGCAAAUCCCUGGAUUGAAUGAUUUAGUAAAUGACCCACUGUUGUUUAGGGAAAGAUUGGGCCCGCUCAUAUUACAAAGACGUUAUGGUGGCUAUAACACCGCCAUGAAUCCUUUUGGCAUCCCCCAAGAUGAAUAUACUAGACUAAUGGCCAACCCCGAUGAUCCUGACAACAAGAAGAGGAUUGCAGAGCUUUUAGACCAACAAGCUAUCGAUGAACAGUUGCGCAAUGCUAUCGAAUAUACACCUGAAAUGUUUACCCAGGUCCCUAUGCUUUACAUUAAUAUCGAAAUAAAUAACUACCCCGUAAAGGCAUUUGUAGAUACAGGGGCUCAAACAACGAUUAUGUCCACCAGGUUAGCGAAGAAAACUGGCCUGUCGAGAAUGAUUGACAAGAGAUUUAUUGGAGAAGCUCGUGGCGUAGGAACCGGCAAAAUUAUUGGGAGAAUUCACCAAGCCCAAGUCAAAAUAGAAACACAAUAUAUUCCAUGCAGUUUUACCGUCUUAGAUACUGACAUCGAUGUUUUGAUAGGACUAGACAUGCUGAAAAGGCAUUUGGCUUGUGUGGACUUAAAGGAAAACGUUCUUAGGAUAGCAGAAGUGGAGACAAGCUUUUUGAGUGAAGCGGAAAUCCCAAAAAGUUUUCAAGAAGGACUUCCAGCACCAACGUCAGUUACAACUUCGUCUGAUAAGCCCCUAACACCCACCAAGACUAGUUCAACUCUACCACCACAACCGGGGGCUGUUCCUGCGCUUGCUCCAAGGACUGGUAUGGGGCCAACACCUACGGGAAGAAGUACAGCCGGUGCUACAACGGCAACCGGGAGAACGUUUCCCGAACAAACGAUUAAACAGCUUAUGGAUCUAGGUUUCCCUAGGGAUGCUGUGGUAAAGGCUCUUAAACAGACUAACGGAAAUGCAGAAUUUGCUGCAUCCCUCCUUUUCCAAUGA